GCUACCUACAGCGCCUGCCUAAACUUACAGUUACCGUCACGUUCCAAGUAUACGACACCAUAUUAUCCCCUGGGGACAAGAUGUCUUCAGCAGAUUUGAACAUCAUGAAGAAAAGUGCCUAUGCAGCAGUGAAAGUGGACCCCGACGGAGACUACUAUACCCCUGGCACAUUCGAACUGGAGCGGCUCUUCUGGAAAGGCAGCCCAAAGUAUACUCACGUCAAUGAAGUCUGGCCUAAUCUCUACAUAGGAGAUGAGAAAACUGCAUUAGAUCGCUACAGCCUUGAGAAAGCCGGCUUCACCCACAUCCUCAAUGCAGCCCACGGCCGGUGGAAUGUGGACACAGGACCAGAUUACUAUGGUGACAUGGCCAUUGAGUACCAUGGGGUAGAAGCAGAUGAUCUCACCACCUUCGACCUCAGCCAGUUCUUUUAUUCAGCUGCUGAAUUCAUUGAAGCUGCACUCCAAGAUCAGAGAAACAAGAUCUUGGUUCAUUGUGCCAUGGGACGCAGCCGAUCUGCCACCUUGGUCUUGGCUUACCUGAUGAUUUACAAGAACAUGACAGUGGUUGACGCCAUUGAGCAAGUGCUGCAGCACCGAUGCAUCCUCCCAAACCGUGGCUUCCUGAAACAGCUGAGAGGACUGGACAUAAAGCUGGCUCUGGAGAGGACAAAUGCCAAGAACAGCAUCCAAGUCAAUGGAGAGGCGCAUGGCACAGAGAUCUAGCAUUUCUCAUGCCCUGGGGUUACUGCUACGGGGAAAAACACCUAGCAAGAGAAAACAAUACUGUCAAAAGUCCUUUGUUAUAAGUCCAGAGGGAAGAAUCAAUAGCAUCUGAAAUGCCUUAAAGGGAAUCUCAGGUUGGAGACAAGAUAAAUGGAGAGAGGAAGCAAUCUCGUUAGGGAGCAUAACACAGAAUCCCCUCAUUUUAGUGCUGUUCUUCAGGGCUCUGCUGUACGAAGCGAAAAAGGAGGAACUUGUGAUGGAAGGCAGUGGCUCUAUAAGAACUAGAAGGGUGGUGCCUGGUACGUAAAGGAUCGGGUAAGCCUGCAAGUGCAUGAACUGCGAUUCAGGCCCAGCUGCUCCUGCUGCCCUAUGACAAUAAAUGUUGAACAGCUGUUAUUUUAAUACCGUUUGUGUAUACAGCAAACUCACAUGUAAAGCCUGACACAUUUACUUAAAUAUAACCACCCCAUGGCACAACAUACAUAAUGUGUUAGCUGAAUAAGGAAGCAUGAGCCCAGCUUCACCUGUGUUUCCUUGGGUUAGCAGAACCUUCCAUAUAGUGACGCACCCUAUGAUAACUGCCAGUUCAGCACUCACUAGCUUGUGAGUCCAUGCUGUAGGAUCUAGAGAGAGGGAUAGGAGAUCUAAACAGCCUUGCAAAGCCUGAGCCAGAACCCAUAGCUGUAAUCCUCCUUUAAACUAACUGGGGCGGGAUAAAUGGGCAGUGGGUGAAGCCUCCCCUGGGGGAGGCUAGCUCUGUCUCACCUCUUCCGCCUGCAGCCCCACCCACACUCCACCCGUUCCACCCUGCUCGGCCCCCCUCCUGCCGCCCACCACAUCUCUACUCACUCCCCCGCCCGCUGCGAGACUCCCCCACGAUCUUCCCCACACACCACUCCCUGCAUCCCUCCUCAUCCUCACCUCACCCCGCCACCCGCAGCCAGUCACCUCCUCACUCCACCGUCCACCAUGUCCCCGCUCAUCCCUGCCCACUGUGAUACCCCCACCCCCCCACCCACUGCUGCUCACCUCCCCACUCCACCACCCACCGCAAGAUCCCUUCCGCCUGCCGCAUCUCUCCUCACCCCACACCUGCUGCCACUCGCCUCCUCACUCCACCGCAUCCCUCCUCAUCCCCUGCCUGCCACCACUCGCCUCAUUUCAUCGCCUGCCAUGAGACCCACCUGUCCAACCAUCGUUCGCCUUCUCACCCCCCACCCGCCGCAUCCCUCCUCAUCCCCCUGCCUGCCACCGCUCACCUCCUCACUUCCCCAACCACCGCAAGACCUCCCUGCCUGCUGUGUCGCUCCUCACCCACACCACUUGCCUUCUCACUCCCUGACCUGCUGCUGCUCGCCUCCUCACUCCACCGCCCACCAUGAGACACCUCCUGCCCGCCGCCUCCUCACUCCCCCACCCACUGCAAGACCCAGCCUGCCA